AUGGACAACAUCAAGUCACCUCCCAUCAAUCUAUGGACUUUCUUCGCGCUUGCCGCCCUCGAUAUUGCAGCCAACGGCGCUGCAGGUCCAGCAGCUGUUGCGACAGCCGUUCAUGUCAAUGGCGGUGUUCUCACGGCGCGAAUGUUGCAACUCGGCGCCCUAGCCGGCGUCACCAAGGCCGGAGUGUUGGCAUUCGUGGAGUUUCUCGGAUAUGCAGGGAUUCCAACAUACGCAUGGAUACUGUUGAUUUUGCUGGCGAGUAGCUUUGGAGUCUGUGUUUUGAUUACGGCAGAGAUAAGCAACUUGGUGCUUGGCGAAUCGCCGAGUGCUCUACUCGUCGCAGCGAUCGUUGCCGCAAUUCCAUUGGGCGGAGAGUGUAUGGGGAUCUAUCAAACGGCUGGAGGUCUCGCUGGGGGCAAGGCUGGGGCUCAACUCUUUGUCAUGGGCCUUGACGCCCUUGGUGGAUAUGUCUUUGCUCGGAUGGCGCAUAACAUGGGUUACGAUAUCUGUCCAUACAACGUUGCUGCUGCUGCCGGAGCUGUCUAUGGCGCCAUCACGGGAUUUUUCCACACCAUAAUCGGUUGUAUGGCUGGUUUUACGAGCACAGACAGUACCAACGGGCAUUACACGACGACAAAUAUCUUUGGGACGACAAGUGGCUAUAAUCCCAAUUGGAAUCGAGAUGCUAUGCACAUG